CGGAAGUGAGGCGGCGGAAGUAGCGUAACCCGCUGAGAACCAGCCGGCGGGGCGCUGUGGGUUGGCGGGGUAGUGGGAUGGCAGAUGAGGAAGAAGACCCCACCUUUGAGGAAGAAAAUGAAGAAAUUGGAGGAGGUGCAGAAGGUGGACAGGGUAAAAGAAAGAGGCUUUUUUCUAAAGAAUUGCGAUGUAUGAUGUAUGGCUUUGGGGAUGACCAGAAUCCUUACACUGAGUCAGUGGAUAUUCUUGAAGAUCUUGUCAUAGAGUUUAUCACUGAAAUGACUCACAAGGCAAUGUCGAUUGGAAGACAAGGUCGAGUACAAGUUGAAGAUAUUGUCUUCUUGAUUCGAAAGGACCCAAGAAAGUUUGCCAGGGUUAAAGACUUGCUUACUAUGAAUGAAGAAUUGAAACGAGCUAGAAAAGCAUUUGAUGAAGCAAACUAUGGAUCUUGACACUUUUUGUAGUUUCUGAAAAUUACCAUCUGGGGAAAUCAUAUAUAAUAAUUGUAUAUUUUCUAAAGUAAGGUUCUGAUAUCUAGCCAUGUAAAUGAAAGAUAGAGAAAGUUUUCAGCCUUUAUUUUUAUGCCUUUGAUUUUAGAGUGAUAUUGGUGUAUUUAAUUGCCUGCCUUUGUAUUACCAUACUUGAAUCACUUACUGGGGUUUAAUGACCACACAUAAGUCAAUGUACCUUGCAAACCAUGCCGUUCCUUUUGACUUUUGACUAUCUAAAGGAUAAAGUAGUAUUUGUCUGUUAGGUAUGUUUAUACCCUUGUAAGCUGUACUGUAGCUUUUUUUUUUUUUUUUGAGACAGAGUCUCGGUAUGUCGCCAGGCUGGAGUGCAAUGGCACGAUCUCGGCUCACUGCAAGCUCCACCUCCCGGGUUCAAGUGAUUCUCCUUCUUCAGCUUCCCGAGUAGCUGGAACUACAGGUGCCCACCACCACGCCUGGCUAAUUUUUUGUAUUUUUAGUAGAGGCGGGGGUUUCACCGUGUUAGCCAGGAUGGUUUCAAUCUCUUGACCUCGUGAUCCACCUGCCUCGGCCUCUGAAAGUGCUGAGAUUACAGGUGUGAGCCACCAUGCCUGGACUACUGUAGCUAUUUAAUAUGUGAAAUCUAAAUGGCAUUUUUGACUCGACAGCUCAGACUUGUACUUCAUGUAUUCAGAAGUUUUUAGACAGCAACUAGUUUAUUGUCUAGUUCAUUAUUAAAGAUAAUUAUUAUUAAAGAUAAUGAACUAGGCCAGGUGUGGUGGCUCACACCUGUAAUCCCAGCACUUUGGGAGGCUGAGGCCGGCAGAUCACUUGAGGCCAGGAGUUCGAGACCAGCCUGGCCAACAUGGGAAAACCUUGCCUCUACUAAAAAUUAAAAAAUUAGCCAGGCAUGGAGGCAUGUGCCUGUAAUCCCAGCUACUCGGAGGCUGAGGCAGAAGAACUGCUUUGAACCUAGGAGACAGAGAUUGCAGUGAGCUGAGAUGGUGCCACUGCACUCCAACCUGAGCAAGAGAGUAUGACUCUGUCUCAAAAUAACAACUACAGAUAAUGAACUGGUUUGCAUUUCUUUUAAAGAGAUGAUAGAGGAAAAUAUAGUUUUUUGAGAGAAUGUUUAUAUCUCUUAAAAGAUAAUCUGUUUUAAUUUUCUUCAGAUAACAAGUUAUUAUUUUUUAAGAAAUCAAGUUUCACAUGAAUAAUGCUGUGUUGGAAGGCUUUUUGAUUUAAAAUCUUUUCAGAUUUAUAACAUCCUGUUAAGUUUUAGGAGAACCCGUUUUCCCAGAUCAGAUUCGAGCUUCUAAAAAUAAAUGCUUUCAGUAGCAGGAAUGGCAUUGCUUAAAAAGCUCAUGGCAGGAUAAGCAUUUGGGUUAGUGUUUUAUUAACAUAUUUGUAAGUACUUGUUCAUUGUGGAAAUGUGACUAAAACCAUAUGUGGCUAUGGAACCCAUGUUUGUAGUUCUGGAUACACGAGUUUGUGUGUAUUUAGUCUAUUGUAUUAAAUUAUUAUUGCCCUCAGCUUAACGUAAGGAUUACAAUUGAAUUUAAGUAGAUCACUGAUCUACUUAUUGUUUAUGAAACUUAACUUUUUGUGUGCCACUUAUAAACAUGAUCUAUAAAUCAGUGCUUGGGAAAAUUUUACUUUCCUAAUCUACUGAUACAGGAAUAAAAUAUGAACAGUUAAACAGGUUGAUCCUUGAA